AUGGCAAAACCUGUACCAAGAAUUGUUUCAUAUAGGAAUGGACGUAUUGGUUUACGUAAUAGUGCACGUAGAAUACCAAAUGGCGUUAUUCAUGUUCAAGCAAGUUUCAACAAUACCAUUGUGACUGUUACAGAUGUACAAGGUCGGGUAAUUUCUUGGUCCUCCGUUGAUACUUGUGAAUUCAAGGGUACAAGGAUAGGGACACCGUUUGCCGCCCAAACCGCAGCAGGAAAUGCUAUUCAGACAAUAGUAGAUCAAGGUCAAGCCAAUACAAUAGGCAUUGCAAUGCAAAGAGCUUUGCUUGGAGAAAUAGAAGGAACAUGUAUCACACGCGCAAAAUCUGGGUAUUCAAGAAUCAGAAGAUGA